AUGGAAAAGUUUAUCUAUUCAGCGGAAUUAUGGUUCUAUCCAGUAACCAGCGAGAGCGAAUUAUUAAAGGUCUACCGUAAUGAUGCGAAUGGUAAAACUUUUAUCACAUCCCGCUAUUCCAAUAUCUCAAGAUAUAACGAUGGAUGGAUUAACAUCGAUGUAACGUCAGUAGUUAAAAAUUGGUUAAAUGGUAAUGAAGGUCUGUUAAAUAGUAUCAAGAUUUCCUGCAAAACAUGCAAAGACAAGGAAAUCCCCUUUAUUGGCACUACUGGUGCAUUAAAACCCUUUUUAUCUAUUAACACAGCUAAGCCAAAAUCAAAUCCAAAAUCGGGAAUAGAGAAUUUCUUUAAAAGCAGUAGCUUUAAAAGCAAUAACUUUAAAAGCAGUCCAGUAAAUGCAUGUCGUAAACAAUCAACUCAUUGCUGCGUCGAAGAAUUCUAUAUUAACUUUAAAGAAAUUGGUUGGUCAGAUUGGAUUAUAUCACCUCAAGGCUAUACUGCUAAUUAUUGUCGUGGCACAUGUUUUGGUAUGGAUAGUUUUGGCUAUCGGUUGAAAAUUUUACAAAAGCUGUCAGAAGAAGAUAAUUCGCUCAUUCCUUGCUGUUCACCCGGCAAAAUGUCCUCGUUAACCAUCAUUUAUCAAGAUAGUAACGGCUAUUUACACUCCGUUAUUUUACCGAAUAUGAGAGUAGAACAGUGUCAAUGUUUCUAG